AUGCUAACAAGAAGAAAGCUUCAUGGCUCAUCAUCAUCUCACUCCUUAAUGAGAGGUUCAAUCAAAGAAAAUAUAACAAUCAUCAAAAUAACCAAAGGCAAGUCCAGAACUCCCAGGAGAUCCUCAUCUCCAAUUCCUAGGAUCAAAAACAUAUCCAACCUUCCCCUUUCUGAGUCAAUUCCUCAAACUUUUCUAAUCACCGAGGCUCAAUCCUUUAUCCCCAAGCCUCUAGCCCACCAAAUAAUUACUCCAGAAAACCGAAGCAUGAUGGUAGACUGAAUGGUAGAGGUCACCGCCACCUUCUGUACUCCUCAGACUUUUUUCUUAGCUACCAAGAUCAUGGACAAGUUCUUCGCUGUAUUUAUUAAACCCCUCGAAACCUCCAUGUUACAUGUCUUAGGGGUGACCUCAAUGUUUAUUGCUUCAAAAUUCGAAGACAAUGUCCCACUAAGGCUAAAACAAAUAAUAGAAAAAAUCGCUCAUAAUAGACUGACCUAUCCAGAUAUAAAAAUCACUGAGCUUUUAAUGCUGAAAUUUUUUAGGAUUCAGGGACAUACAUAAAAUGGCGUAUGACGUCCGACCCGUCCUCUCGUGUGACGGUAACCCAUGUAUAUCCGGGCAUGGUUUUCAGGAGGAAUGAUAUAGCCCAGCAACAUCAGGAGCCCAGAAGCGAUGGGCUUAAGCACAGACCCGCUGAUUUGUGGCUUGAUCAUUGGGCAGUUAAUCGUGAAUCCUUUUCCCAGCAGCGCCCCUAGCCAGUGGGUGCCCGAAAUGGAGCAGGGUGAUUUCGAUGCUCAGGCUGCUCUCGAUGGCUUUGCCCCGAAUCACGGAAGUGGUUGAGUUUUUACUCAGAGAUGACCUGGUAAAAGGGGGAGGCAGGCUAGACUCAGAAUCAAGGCGGUCCCUCCGGUUAAAGGGUUCCAUUAUGUGGACGACACCGGCAAGGGUAGGUACAGUUGGCCUCGAAGGGCGAAGGGACUGAGUUGGAAAUGGUGUGCCCGGCAAAUGCCUGCGGACACAAAAGGGCAACCCACUACCGAGAAACCAGGGGUUUCGGCCUGGGCUCAGAGUUACCAGAGAGGUGGAAGUCCACCCAAUUCGCUUGUGUCAGCACGCUACUGGAAGUAGAUACUUUAAAUAUUCAGCAUUAACAUUAACAUUUAGGAUUCAGGGUCAAUUUUACGACUUGCUAUGAUUUUUUGCUAUCCUUGGCUACAGAAUUUAGAUUGCCGCAGUCUGUUUUUGAGACUGCUAAAAUUAUAUGCUACUAUUCACAGAUUUUUUACUCACAUUUGGACUUCAAAGCUUCCCAGGUUGGCUUUUCAGCGUUAAUUAUUGCCUGCACAAGCUUAAACCAGCAUAGUGUUGCUAGCAAAUUAAUAGAAAAAUACAAAGAUGGGGAGUCCUUAAACCCAAUCAUAAAAAAGAUAAGAGCCGAUAUUCUUGAUCUCCCAAGGCUUAAGAAUUUAUACGCAAGUCCUGCAAAGUUUUUGGAGUUUGAAAUCGCCUUAAAAACGCCUGGGCCAUUAUUCAGAUUUCUGAAUCCUUAUGUGGAGCAGGAGCAACAGAGGCUUCUUUCAAACCCAAAUUAA